AUGGAUUCUACUCCAUAUGCGCACACGGCAAACUUCGUUGAGCUUCUUAAUAGCCAACAAGACACUGUCUUUCGUUUAGUAGAAGACAAUGUCGAUCCAAAUUCGUCACAUGUUCCUGUCUUCGGCAGUCAAAGUACUGAAGCUUCCAACCUUGGUGUAGACAAGCCUUCAGAGCGUAGAGAAAGAAGGACGUGGUCGCCAGCUGAUGAUCUUGUGCUCAUCUCCGCCUGGUUAAACACGAGCAAAGAUCCUCUAGUAGGCAAUGAGCAACGUUCUUGUGCAUUCUGGAGUAGAAUCACAGCAUACAAUGCAGCCAGUUCGAAGGUUGCACGCGGUGAAGAGAGAGAAGCAACCCACUGCAAGCAUCGUUGGCACAAGAUCAAUGAUCUUGUUUCCAAGUUUAGUGGAUCGUAUGAAGCUGCAACAAGAGAGAAGACAAGCGGCCAAAAUGAGGUUGAUGUUCUCAAUAAUGCUCACGCCAUCUUCAACAACAACUACAAAAAUAAGUUCACGCUUGAACAUACGUGGAGAGAGCUUCACCAUGACCAGAAAUGGUGUGGCAAAGAAAGCAGCAACAAAAGGAGGAAGUUUGAUGAUGGUUCCCAUUUAGCAAGCGAGUCUGUGAAAGAUAACGAUGCUGAAGUUGAUGACGGCACAAACCGCCCCCCGGGAGUAAAAGCAGCAAAAGCCCGUGGGAAGAAGAAGCCAAUGGUGGAGAAGUCUGAAUUUCAGACUAUGUGUACCAUCAAGCAGGAGGAUUUGGUUGUCAAGGAAAGGCUUGGGAAGAUGAAGCUACUUGACAGUCUCAUUGCAAAGGAAGAACCUCUAGAUGAUGAAGAAGCAGCUCUGAAGAAGAAGUUCAUUCUUGAGCUGAUGUCUAAUUAG